AUGAGCGAGCAGGGGAAGGGCUCGGCAUCCGCCUCUGCCGCGGCCGCGGCCCCGGCGCCGGGGUCGGAUACCUACAAAGGAUGGCUCUUCAAAUGGACCAACUACCUGAAAGGGUAUCAGCGGCGGUGGUUCGUCCUCAGCAACGGCCUGCUGUCAUACUACAGGACGCAGGCAGAGAUGGCCCACACGUGCCGCGGGACCAUCAACCUGGCCACGGCGCACAUCGACACGGAGGACGCCUGCAACAUCGUGCUGAGCAGCGGCGGGCGCACGUACCACCUGAAGGCCAGCACCGAGGUGGAGCGCCAGAGAUGGGUCACGGCGCUGGAGCUGGCCAAGGCCAAAGCCAUCCGCAUGAUGAACGAGCAGUCGGAUGACUCCGGGGAUGAAGAGCCCACAUCCCAGUCGGAUCGCAGUGAGAUUCAGGGCACGCUGAAGAUUCUAGUCAGCAAGCUGGAUGACCUCAGCACGUGUAAUGACCUGAUAGCCAAGCAUGGAGCGGCCCUGCAGCGUUCGCUGAGUGAACUCGAGGGUCUGAAGGUCCCAGUGGAAGGAGGAGAGAAGAUCAAGGCCGUCAAUGAGCGAGCCACCCUCUUCCGCAUCACCUCCAAUGCUAUGAUCAAUGCGUGUCGAGACUUCUUGGACUUAGCAGAGACUCACAGCAGGAGAUGGCAGCGGGCGCUGCAGUAUGAACGCGAGCAGCGCACUCACCUCGAGGAGACCAUUGAGCAGCUAGCCAAACAGCAUAACAGCCUGGAGCGCGCGUGGAGAGAAGCACCCACGCUCGUUUCCAGCACCCCCAGUGCCCCCACCACCAACAAGGGGAGCGAAAGGGCACCCAAAGAAGAGGCGAGUGAUGAAGAUGAGGAUACUGAGUACUUUGAUGCCAUGGAGGAUUCCCCUGCGUUCAUCACAGUGACCACAACCGAGAACAUACAGCACAGGCGAUCUCAGAGCAAUUUAAGCGGAGCGAGUGGUGGUCAACCCAGUGACUGGACCCAGGACGACCACAUGUCUCCAGGCUGUAAUGAUGUGUCAGGGAAGGAGCUGCAGCCCUGCAGAAAGCGGCGAGCCCAUAUCCCAGUCAAGCCCAACUACUCCCUCAAUUUAUGGAGCAUCAUGAAGAACUGCAUCGGCAAGGAGCUCUCAAAAAUCCCCAUGCCUGUAAACUUCAACGAGCCUCUGUCGAUGCUGCAGCGUCUCACUGAGGAUCUGGAGUAUCAUGAGCUUCUGGACAAGGCGGCGCGCUGCGACUCCUCCCUGGAGCAGAUGUGCCUGGUCGCCGCCUUCUCCGUUUCGUCCUACUCCACCACGGUCCACCGGACAGCCAAGCCCUUCAACCCCCUGCUGGGUGAGACCUACGAGCUGGAUCGACUAGAGGAGUUUGGCUACCGCUCGCUGUGUGAGCAGGUAAGCCAUCACCCACCAGCAGCUGCACAUCAUGUGAUUUCCCAACGAGGCUGGACCCUCUGGCAGGAAAUCACCAUCGCUAGCAAGUUUCGUGGCAAAUACCUCUCCAUAAUGCCUCUGGGUGCCAUUCACCUGCAGUUCCACUCCAGUGGGAACCACUAUGUGUGGAGAAAGGUCACCUCCACGGUGCACAACAUCAUCGUGGGCAAGCUGUGGAUUGACCAGUCGGGGGACAUUGAGAUUGUGAAUCACAGGACCAAGGAGACCUGCCAGCUCAAGUUCUCUCCCUACAGCUAUUUCUCCAGGGACGUUCCACGCAAGGUAACAGGUGUUGUUGCAGACAGUGGGGGUCAGGCUCACUACAUCCUCUCUGGUACGUGGGAUGAUAAGAUGGAGAGUGCCAAGAUCAUUCAGAGCAGUCGAGGCGGCAGUGGGUCGGAGGGAAAGCAGAAGACCGUCUAUCAGACCUUAUCUCCCAAACCUCUGUGGAAAAAGUACCCUCUCCCGGUGAAUGCAGAGAACAUGUAUUACUUCUCUGCACUGGCACUGACCCUGAAUGAGCCAGAGGAUGAAGUGGGACUGACCGACAGUCGUCUCAGACCAGACCAGAGGCUGAUGGAAGAGGGACGAUGGGAUGAAGCCAAUUCAGAGAAACAGAGGCUGGAGGAGAAGCAAAGAGCAGUGAGGAGGAGGAGGGAAGCAGAGGCCUCAGACGCUCUGGACGAAGAGUGUGAUUAUGACUCUGGCAGAGAGUAUGAAGGCUACCAGCCGCUGUGGUUUCACCAGAGGAGGGACUCUGUCACCGGAGAAACCAACUUUGUGUACAAGGGAGGUUACUGGGAGGCGAAGGAGAGACAGGACUGGAGCAUGUGUCCUGACAUCUUCUAAGCCACGAACUGACAGCAGGUCACACGUAAUCUUUUUAGACAGGGAACUACUCGGCCUCUGCUCCAUAAGCAAUGGCUAAUGAGCAGUGGAUCUCCGUGAGCAUGAGAAUGCUUGCGUGUGUUUUAUAUGUCUUCAGAUCACGCUGUACCUCCAAAUGAACACUCAGUUUGUACCAGGGGGAAAAGAACGGACAUUCACUUGGCAGUGCUCUUAAACACUACACUGGAGCAGCAGUGUGGUCACAUGUGGAAUCGGAGCUGUAGCCACGCAAUAAAGGCACCUGCGCACCCCAGAAACCAGGUGCUUUGUAACUGCUACCCACAAUGCACUUUUCGUUGAUCAUGUUGGACAGAAUCCGUGGUAGUUUAAUCGUAAACCUUGAUCUAAGGGGGCAAAUGUGGUUAGAAGUGUUCCUCCACUCUCUCAGUUUUAUUCAGCACAAUUUAGAUUAUGUUUGCUUCAUGAAUGAUUUUUUUUAAUCGUUUUUUGUUUUAAAAUUAGGGAAAAAUACAUUGCAGAUGAUACAGAUCCGAAAUGUUGAAAUUGAUGAGAAAAUAUAACAUAAAUUACAGACAUAAUAUGUAAAAUACUCAUAAAAUUGUACAAUCAUGAUUUUUUUAAAACUCAGCUUUUAUAAAUUGUUUUCUCUCUUGCUGCUCAUUUUUACAGACGUUUUACUUCCCCCACAGACACAAAAGAGACAUAUAAUUUAUUUGAACUAAUGAAAUAUGCAGGAGAGCAAAGACGUAUUUCCUUUGGUGUGAAUGUUGGGGCUCCCUCUAGAUAAAUGCAGUGAGUCUUCUAGUUGUUGUAGAGAUAAUAUAGCUGCUUCUUCACUUCAUAUUUUAAAUAUGAAUUGCCUCAAUGCAUUUCAGUCAUGAAACAGAGACACAGGCAUCUUCCAUUCAUGAUACUGAUUAGCAGAAAUGUCCAGUAGUCAGUCUUUGAACUGUAACAUCUGCAACAGUACAUGAUGUAUCGCAAACGUUCAUAUCACUCUAUCAAGGACCUGAAUAAGCACUUUUCACUGUGGUUGACUAUAGGUUAGUACAUACCUGUGUUCAUGUUGACAAAGGUCCACUCUGUACAUGUACUUUACCUUGUCCUCUGGUGCUCUCCCUUAGCAGCACGUAUUGUGUGACCAUUCUGAGAAACACCAUUAACAAAGAUAAUACAAAGUAUUAAGUCGACAUCAAAUCACUAAUUAAUAGCCAUCUUCCAUUUAGGAUCAUGUGCUCAAUGCACUAGCUCCAUGGUGUCCACCAGUCACUAAUUGGUAGUGUACAUGCUUCAGUAUGUGACUGAGUGGUUGUACGAGGAGUCCUGAGUGGCUUCAGCUGACAGGAAGUCAAAGGUUAUGGAAGCAGACAGGGCUGGUUCCUGUAGCACGUCACUGAGCUGUCAGCCUUAGCCACAGACCACUGUCACAGCCAUUGUUCCAGGUUCAACACAGCUCAUAUGCGUAACCCGUUCCUUCAGUGUUUGUGGACAAGCUGAUCUGGGACCUGCUCAUGAAGACGCCCUCAGUCUUUUGCCUUUAACUGACUGAACAAGGGAAAGAUCCCCCGGACUGUGCACUACAUGUCUACAGACUUUGGACAAGCUGUUUUUUUGGUAAUUAUUGUUAGGAAUGUAGAAUUCAAUGCUGGAGGUAUUGUAUCUAUUGUCUAUUUGUGUGAAUAUUUUGUGAUAAAAGAAUGAUAUUGUAAGAUGAAACAUAAUUCUACUAAGCUGAGUUUAAGUUAUGUAUUCCACAUUGAUCAAAUCUAAAAAAAAUGACAUGAAAGGAUUUGCUAUAAUUUAGAUUUUUAAUCCAGAUUUGUUGUGCAAAAGAUGGACGGCUGACCCUGAAGCACUCACAGUUUGGUUGCAGACUCUUUAUUUCGUCUUAAUGCACACUGUAAUAAUGAUUUUAGAGUCAUUGAUGCUAACAUUUUAGUAACCGUGGUUCACAUUUCAACAGCUUUGAUUUGCAGAAUGUAAAAGUGUGAUAAUAUGCACAAGAGAAGAAAUGAAUUCCUAAUAAAAUACUACUGAGUUUGACUGGUAGAAAGGAGUUUCCUGAUAAUAAAUACUCUUUAAACAAAAGAUUUAUCACCAGUAGCAUAAUAAUUUGAUACUGAAAUGAAUAAUGAUUGAUAUUAUUGUUUGCACAAUGUGCUUCUUUUUACUCAUUUUGAUUCAAGUUUUUCAUGGGCACAGUUUGCUCAAUCUCUAAAUAUCUUGUUCAGAACAAGUUGGAAACUAGAAUAGAAUCCCCCCCCCCCAAAACAAAUACACAUACAGUAGGUUAAUUGAUAACGUCAUGUAUGUACAGCAAAUAUGAAUUUACCUACAACCAGCAGCUUUAACAUAACCAUAAAACAAUGUUGUUGUUGUUUUUUACAAAUUAAUCAAAUGUUUGUUAAUAAUAAUAAUAAUAAUAAUAAUAAUAAUAAAAGGAUGUUGACAUUAGUUUUACGCAAAAUAAACAAACCAGAGCAGACAAGCGUGAUAUUAAUCUUCACAUAUCUUUUACUGUACUGUUUGGUUUGGUUCGGUUUUUCAUAUAUCUGCUUCACACAGAAACAAUUGAAACACUGAUGAAGACUGUGUCGACUAUCAGUCAUUUCGAGUGUGUCACACUGAAGACGGGCACUGCUACAUUCAACAGUUUCAUUUUUUUCUAUCUUGAAAAAGCAUCAUGCCACAGGUUAAUUGGUGUCAUCUGGCACAGUCAUGACAUCUGAACGAAUGCAGAUCGCUGCUGAAGGGUGGUGAAGAAACUGCGAAAGUGGUUUGCAGUCGUCUCUCUCAGCGACCAGUGAUUUUAUAUUUCAGAAUACAUAUUAUAUUUUGAAUGAUAACGGAGAGUUCAAGAACCAUUUUAAUUAAUAUAUUUCUGAAUAAUACAGUAUGACCUCAGUGUGCGAUGGUGACCUGUAGAUCCGAGAGCUGUAGCAAUAAUGCAGUGGUGUGCAGAUGUGUUAGCUCAUGGCUAUUUGCUACAAACAAACAGAGUUGUCUGCCUCAUGCAGAAGUGAAAAACCAACCAAAGUGUAUGUGACGAGUGUACUGUAGACUAAGACCCUCUUCAUCUGCCUUUCAUACCUUAGAGGGUUCUAAUGUAAACCCUCUGUCGCUGUUUCUCACAGCUCAUCUCACUCUUAGUGUGAUUUUAGCUUUAAUUCCUGUGUGAUUCUUUCUGUUCUGAUUCUUCUCAUGGGUGCCAUUAUUGCAAAGUUGUUGGGUUUUUUUUCAUACUGUUUGUGUGAUCAGUGUGCAUGUGUGGCACACGUUCCCUUCGCAUUCGAAGCUGCUCCGUUUUGAGGAUGUAAACACAAAUAAAUGAAGUGAAGAUGG